GUCCAAGAGAACACAUCAAAACGGCAGUGCACAUGCAGCAGCAACAUCAGUCACAGCAGCAGAAGCAGCAGCAGUCGUCGUCGUCGGUCGGUACAGUGUGGUUGCUACGAUGCGAAAGCUAAGCCUGAGUACGGGCGCAGGUAUGUCACGACAAUCGAAGAGUGUGCCGCAGGCAAAGAAGGUGAUGCCACCGGCCGUCCCCGAUAUGUAUGGGAAGAUCGGGAUGAGUAAUGGGGGCGGCGGUGGUGGUCCACCAACAGCAGUGAUCUAUGACACCGGUGAUGGUGCGGGCCGGAACGGUGGUACGGCAGUGGUAGCUGGGACGGUUAUACUGGAGCAUCACCAACAUCAUCAUCCAACGACGAUGGAAGUCCCCGGACCAGUUGCAUCCCAAACUGGUGGAUCGAGUGUCGGGGUGAGUGGUAGUGGUGCUGGUGGCAGCGGUGGUGGAGGACAGGUAGGAACAGGGGCAUCAGCAACAGCACCUUCCAGCUUGAUGUUACGUUGCGGUCCGGAUGGUAUCGUAGAUUACGGUUUAGACGAUCAGGGAAUCGACUUGACCCAAUCGCCCGGCCGGGAUAGUCCGGUAUCGUUGUCCGGAUCGGCCGGUUCCGGGUCACGCCAUUCGACGGCUAGUCUGGAUUCGGGGCGUGCCUCUUCCUAUCUAACUGGCGCUUCCAAUUCGUCCAAUCGUAGUGUGAGCGGUGUGGGAAGUUAUGGCGUCCUUUCGUCGCCACGCUGCUCCGUUAGUUCCUGCUCGAUCGGAUCGGGCAGUGGUGGUGGCCCAACCGGAGCCGGUGGGUGUAGUCAUCGGCUUAGCAACCACUCAUCCAGCGGCAGCCGUACCGAUCACGACGUCAUCUCCGAAUGGCUGAUGGAGAUACACUUUCACGAGUACACUUACCUAUUUCUCGAGGCCGGUUACGAUCUGCCAACGAUCGCGCGAAUGACACCGGAAGAUUUGACGGCGAUUGGUAUCCGCAAGCCGAACCAUCGCGAACGGCUGAAGCGGCACAUCGAUGCGUUGAAGUUGCCGGACGCACUGCCCGGUUACGUGCCCGGCUCGAUCGACGAAUGGUUACGGUUGCUUCGGCUGGAAGAGUACGUACAGCCACUGCUAGCCCAAGGCUAUCAAACCGUGCACGACGUGACCCAGCUGACUUGGGAAGAUCUCGAAGACAUCGGUAUCGUGAAGUUGGGCCAUCAGAAAAAAAUUCUUCUCGCCAUCAAGCGCGUGAAGGACAUCAUCAGUGGGAAGAUGAUGGGCCUGACAGGACCGUACGGACUGUCACCAACGGUUGCACCAAGAUCACCUGCAGCCGGACACGUGCGAGCGACGCAUUACGACGACCUGAGCAUCGGAUUGCGGUCCACCGAUUCGGCGAAACAACACCAACACAAUCUUGCGGUGGCCGGCUCGUACAGCACCUUUCUGCGGCAGCAAUCUGCAACUCAGCCUCCACCACCACCAUCGGCGCUAAUGGCUGCGGCCGGUAGUGGUCACGUCAACACGCACCACCAGAUGAUCACGUACCCUCACGUACAUUUUGACGGUACGCAAGCGAUUUACCGACGCAGCUCGUACGAUGACAGUGACAUAACGCCGACGAACGAGAAGUCUUCCGCGCUGAUCGCACUGUCGGAGGAUCACCAUCAUCAUCAGUUCGCUGGAACGCAGCAGGCCUGGAUGAUGCCACAAACGCAUCAGCAACAGUUUGUCCAACAGCAGCAGCAUCUGCAUCAGCAGCAACAUCCACAGCUAGUUCCGCACGCCCCGUACUUCCAGGGCGGUGGUACACUUCCGCGGCAACAUCAGCGCAACUGCUAUGGCGUCCGAUUGGCACUGCUCGGAGGUCCACCGACAGCGGCAUCGACCGGUAUUCGCCCAAUUGCGAAGAUAGUCGCCAAUAACUUGAAGCUUCCCGCACCUACCCUGGUGGACGGUGGUGUGGCUAGUGGUGGUGGUGCACUGGAACAGGGAGACGGUUCAGACCCGACCACUUAUCCGGUGCCGAUGCCGAUGCCUCCCCUGCUAGGGCAGAUAGAAAACGUCGAGAUGGCUACGGCAGCUCUGGACGCGAUGCAUUUUUCCAACUACACCAGCUCGCCUUACGCCGUCCAGCACCAUCACCUGCAUCAUCACACGCUGACGCUCGUGACGAAGGAGUCAUCCGGUACGCCGGGUACCACCGCCGUUCCCAAUGCUGCCGUAUCUGCUAUUGGCCAACAGCAGACACAACAGCAACAUCAGCAACCCAUCUAUCACAACACACACCAGUCGAUGCUGUUACAGUCGCACUCCCAGCAGCAACUUCUCCACCAUCAUACGCCCUCAUCCUCGACCCAAUCGACUCCAUCGCCCCCAACUCUAGGGCAUCAUCCUUCUCCGGCAUCAUCACAUCUUCCACACGCUUACGGUGGUGUGUAUGCGGGCCAAACACUCCAAACAACGGUCGAGGUGCAUAAGGUGUGCGGUGGCGGUCAGCAUGAUAACAAAUCCAACUCGAGCCUCGAAUCGAUCGAUCAGAUACCGUUUGCGAACGAGAAUGCGGGCACGAUCAAGCAGCGGUCGAACCGGAUUGAGCCCCAGUAUCAGCCGGGUGGUCCACCCGCACAACAACAUCCACUACUGUUGCCGACGCUGUCCUCCUCCUCGUCCUCUUCUUCCUCGUCGCUGACAGGUUCGAUAACGACGACGCUGGCAACAUCGGGCUGCCUACAGCAGCUGUCACCGUCGACCACACAGCCACAGGUGCAGACAAUCGUUGGCGGUGGUUCUAGCAACCCUGCUUCGACACCUGCACCGACAACAGCAGUAGCAGCAGCUCCAUCAGCAUCCGUUCCGACAGCGGACGAACCAGCAGCAGCAGCAGCAGCAGCCUCGCAGGACAUAUUCGGCACCAACGUGCUGAACGAUAUCGGUAACAUGCUAGCGAACCUAACGGACGAGCUCGACGCCAUGCUGGAAGAGGAAAAGUGUGCCGGCAUCAGUGAUAAUGAGUAA